AGGAGACUCACAUCAUGUCUAACGCCAAGAAGUAAAAAACAGAAACAUGGUCAUUCUGCAGCAGGGGGAUUAUGUCUGGUUGGAUCUUAAGACAGGCAAGUCAUUUGACGUUCCGGUUGGAGCUGUGGUCAAGCUCUGUGACUCAGGCUUGAUUCAGGUCUUGGAUGAUGAAGGUCAGGAGCACUGGAUCUCUCCUCAGAAUGCCACAAACGUAAAGCCUAUGCACCCCACUUCCAUUCACGGUGUGGAGGAUAUGAUUAGCCUGGGAGACCUGAACGAAGCUGGUAUUCUCCGAAACCUCCUCAUUCGCUACAAUGAAAGGGUGAUAUAUACAUACACAGGUUCGAUCCUGGUGGCAGUGAAUCCCUACCAGCUGCUGCCCAUUUACACAGCGGAUCACAUCCGCUUGUACACUAAUAAAAAAAUCGGCACGAUGCCUCCACACAUCUUCAGCAUUGCUGACAACUGCUACUUCAACAUGCAGAGGAACAACAAGAACCAGUGCUGCAUAAUCAGUGGUGAGUCCGGAGCAGGAAAAACAGAAAGCACCAAGUUGAUCCUGCAGUUCCUGGCUGCUAUCAGUGGACAGCACUCCUGGAUUGAGCAGCAGGUUCUGGAAGCCAACCCCAUCCUAGAAGCGUUCGGCAAUGCAAAGACCAUACGCAAUGACAACUCUAGCCGGUUCGGGAAGUACAUUGAUAUUUACUUCAACAAGAGAGGAGCAAUCGAAGGGGCAAAGAUAGAACAGUACCUGUUGGAGAAGUCAAGAGUGUGCAGACAGGCUCCGGAUGAGAGAAACUAUCACAUCUUCUACUGUAUGCUGCAAGGUAUGAAUCAGGAGCAGAAGACUAAACUGGGAUUAGGUCAGGCUUCAGAUUAUACCUAUCUGACCAUGGGCAACUGUACGGUGUGUGAUGGCCGAGAUGAUGUGACUGAGUACUCCAACAUCCAGUCAGCGAUGAAGGUCCUAAUGUUCACAGACACUGAGAACUGGGAGAUCUCCAAACUGCUGGCUGCCAUCCUGCACAUUGGCAACCUGCGUUUCGAGGCUUUGAUGUUGAAGAACCUGGACGCUUGCUUAAUUGUGCGCUCUCCUGACCUGGCAAAAGCUGCAGCUCUUCUAGAGGUGGACCCACACGACGUUAUGACAUGUUUGACAACGCGUACGCUCAUCACUCGGGGAGAGAGUGUAUCUACGCCACUCAGUGUGGACCAAGGAUUUGAUGUACGCGAUGCUUUUGUCAAGGGAAUAUACGGGAGGUUAUUUGUGUGGAUAGUGGACAAAAUCAAUGCUGCCACAUACAGAGCCCCGCCCACUAAGGACAAAAUCAUCCACAGGUCCAUCGGGCUGCUAGACAUUUUCGGAUUUGAGAAUUUCACAGUCAACAGCUUUGAGCAGCUGUGCAUCAACUUUGCCAACGAGAACCUACAGCAGUUCUUCGUGCGUCAUGUUUUCAAGCUGGAGCAGGAGGAGUACAACUUGGAGCACAUCAACUGGCUGCACAUUGAGUUCACGGAUAACCAGGAUGCGCUGGAUAUGAUCGCCAACAAACCUAUGAACAUCAUGUCGCUCAUUGAUGAGGAGAGCAGGUUCCCCAAGGGAACUGAUGCCACCAUGCUGCACAAACUCAACUCUCAGCACAAACUCAACACGAACUACAUCCCUCCCAAGCACAGUCACGAGAGCCAGUUCGGCAUUCAGCACUUCGCUGGCGUGGUCUUCUAUGAAACCAAAGGUUUUUUGGAGAAGAACAGAGACAGUCUCCACAGUGACAUCAUCCAGCUGGUGCACUCUUCCAAAAACAAGUUCAUCAAACAGAUCUUUCAGGCUGACGUCGCCAUGUUUCUCUGUGGCUAUGUGCAGACCACCAUGUCACUUCAACAGGGUAUGGAGACUCGGAAGCGUUCGCCGACUCUGAGCAGUCAGUUUAAACGUUCCCUUGAGCUCCUCAUGAGGACUCUGAGCACAUGCCAGCCCUUCUUCGUGCGCUGCAUCAAACCCAAUGAACUCAAAACACCAAUGAUGUUCGAUAGGGGAUUGUGUGUGCGGCAACUGCGGUAUUCCGGGAUGAUGGAGACCAUCCGGAUCCGCAGAGCUGGAUAUCCCAUACGCUACACCUUCGCUGAAUUUGUGGACCGUUAUAGGGUCUUCAUGCUGAUGGUUAAACCAGACUGCUUACAGGAGAAUCUGAGAGGAGCAUGCGGAAGAAUAGCCAGAGCGUUCCUGGGACAUAAUGAUGACUGGCAGAUUGGAAAAACUAAGAUAUUUCUCAAGGAUCACCAUGACAUGCAGCUGGAGAUUGAGAGAGACAAGGCCAUCACAAACAAGGUCAUUCUCCUUCAGAAAUCAGUGCGUGGAAGGAAACAGAGGACCAAUUUCCUGAAGGUUAGGAAAUCAGUGAUAUUGAUCCAGAAGACGUGGAGAGGCUAUAUCUGUAGGAAGAAAUAUAAAGUGAUGCGUGCAGGUUUCAUGCGGCUGCAGGCUCUCUGGAGGUCUCGGAAACAUUAUUUGAUGUACCAGGAGGUCAGGAAACGCAUCAUUCUGUUCCAGGGACAAUGUCGAGGUUUCCUGGUGAGACAGGCUUUCUGGAAACGCUUAAAUGCCGUCUGCGUUAUCCAGGCCUACGCCCGUGGCAUGAUCGCACGCAGAGUGUGCAGGAAACUAAGACAAGAGAGGGAGCACAGGCUGGAAGCCGAGAGGCAGCGUCUAGCUGAUGAGGAACGGCUGAGGAAGCAGAUGACGGCACGCAAGGCUCAAGCCGAGGCCGAGAGGAAGCAUCAGGAGCGUCUGGCUGAGCUGCACCGCGAGCAGGAGCAGAGGAGACAGGCCGAGCGUGAGGAGGCUCGACGUAAGAAGGAGCUGCUCGAGCAGAUGGAGAGAGAAAAGCAGGAGCCAGUCAGCGAUUCUGAAAUGGUGGACAAAAUGUUUGGCUUUUUGAGCAGCUCCAACUCACUCCUGAGCAUGGACAUUGAAGCACCUGCAGGAUUUGAGGAUCUGGAAAACGUCCACAAAGAGUCUGAAGAGGACAGCAUCGAGACUCUUCCAUGUCCUGAUGAGGAACACGAGGACCUGUCAGAGUACAAGUUUGCAAAGUUUGCAGCUACCUAUUUCCAGGGAAACACAACCCACACGUAUGUGCGCCGGCCCCUGAAACAACCACUUCUGUACCACGAAGACGAAGGAGACCAGCUGGCUGCUCUGGCUGUAUGGGUCACUAUACUGAGGUUUAUGGGAGAUAUGCCUGAGCCCAAAUAUCAAAUCAGUCUCAGUGACGGCAGUGAGAAGAUCCCAGUUAUGACCAAGAUUUAUGAGACUCUGGGCAAGAGGACCUACAAGAGGGCCAAUGAGACUUCUGUUAUUGACAGUCAGAAGAAGAACAGCAUCAGACAUAAGUUAGUUUCUCUCACACUGAGGAAGAAAUCAAAACUCACAGAAGAGAUGAGCAAACACCUGGCUGACAGCAGCUGCAGUGUACAGUGGAUGCUGGAGGAUCGACCCACUUCCAACCUGGAGAAACUGCACUUCAUCAUCGGAAAUGGGAUUUUACGCCCUGCCCUGAGAGAUGAGAUCUACUGUCAGAUCUGUAAGCAGCUGACCCAAAAUCCAUCCAAAAACAGCCAUGCUCGUGGCUGGAUCCUGCUGUCUCUGUGCGUGGGAUGCUUCGCACCGUCUGACAAAUUUGUCAAAUAUCUGCGGACAUUCAUUACCUCUGGACCUCCUGGGUACGCCCCGUACUGCGAAGAAAGACUAAAGCGCACUUCUGUGAACAAGACACGGACCCAGCCUCCCUCGUGGCUCGAGCUGCAGGCCACUAAAUCGAAAAAGCCCAUCAUGCUGCCAGUGACCUUCAUGGACGGCACCACUAAGACCCUGCUAACAGACUCAGCCACUACUUCUGCAGAGUUCUGUAAUGCUCUGGCAGAUAAGAUCGGCCUGCAGGACCGUUUCGGCUUCUCUCUGUACAUCGCUCUAUUCGAUAAGGUGUCAUCUCUUGGCAGUGGGAAAGACCAUGUGAUGGAUGCAGUGUCGCAGUGUGAGCAGUAUGCCAAAGAGCAAGGGGCUCAAGAACGCAAUGCCCCCUGGAGGCUGUUCUUCAGGAAAGAGAUCUUCACGCCUUGGCACAACCCUGGUGAGGACACUGUGGCCACGAACCUUAUCUACCAGCAGAUCAUUCGUGGAGUCAAGUUUGGGGAGUACCGCUGUGAAAGGGAGGAGGACUUGGCUGAGCUGGCAUCUCAGCAGUAUUAUGUAGACUAUGGGGCAGAGAUUCUUCAGGAACGUUUGUUGAGCCUCAUCACCUCGUACAUCCCAGAGCGAGAGAUCAGCGCCUCCAGAACUGUGGACAAGUGGGCUCAGGUUAUAAUGUCAGCGCACAAAAAGGGAAUCCACACACAGAAGAGUUUUGAUCUGCAGAGAGUGAAGGAGGACGUGGUGGAUUUUGCUCGGUUCAGGUGGCCUUUGCUUUUCUCACGUUUCUUCGAGGCCUUCAAGUUCUCAGGACCCAGUCUGCCAAAAAAUGAUGUGAUAGUGGCAGUGAACUGGACCGGAAUUUACUUUGUGGAUGAACAAGAGCAGGUCCUUCUGGAACUUUCUUUCCCAGAGAUCACUGCCAUAUCCAGCAGCAGAGGAGGAAAGCUCCAGGGUCAGAGUUUCACCCUGGCAACCAUUAAAGGAGAUGAAUACACCUUUACCUCUAACAAUGCUCAGGACAUUUGUGACCUGGUUGAUACCUUUUUAGAUGGGCUAAGAAAGAGAUCAAAGUUUGCAGUGGCUCUUGCGGAUAGCUAUAACCAUGAUAGGCACGACUCGUCGUUUCUGACAUUCUCAAAAGGAGAUCUUAUCCUGCUGGAUGAACACACAGGAGAGGACCUAUUGACCUGGGGCUGGGCCCACGGAGUCAAUGAUAGGACUAAGAAAAGAGGAGACUUCCAUGCAGACCGCGUUUAUGUGCUUCCCUCCCUUACCAGACCGCAAUAUGAUAUUGUGACAUUGGUUAGCAUGUCUCAAGAGCAGUGUAAGGACUCAAUAAGUCUAUCACAGCUGAGUCUUUUGGAUGGCGAAGAAAAAGUGAAGCCCUACACAUUGGAAGAGUUUUCCUACGAUCAUUUCAGACCUCCUCCUAAGAGCACUCUAAGCCGUGUGAUUACAAAAGGCAGGUUGAAGGAUAAGCUGUGGUGCUGGACACGAGAACCUCUUAAACAACCUUUGCUAAAGAAGGUCCUUAACCACGAGGAGCUUUCACAGGAUGCUUGCCUGGCCUUCAUUGCUAUUAUGAAAUAUAUGGGUGACUACCCAGCCAAAAGAACACGCUCAGUUAAUGAACUCACUGAUCAGAUCUUUGAAGGAUCUAUGAAGGCUGAGUCCCUGAAGGAUGAGAUCUUCUGUCAGAUCAUUAAACAGCUCACUGAGAAUAAUGUCAUGUACAGUGAGGAAAAGGGCUGGGAACUGCUGUGGCUUUGCACUGGCCUUUUCCCUCCCAGCAACAUCCUCCUGCCUCACGUGCAGAAAUUUCUCCAGUCCAGGAAGCAUCACUCGCUGGCCCCAGACUGCAUGCAGCGACUACAGAAAGCCUUGCGGAAUGGCCCCAGGAAGUACCCUCCUCAUCUGGUGGAAGUAGAAGCCAUUCAGCACAAAACCACACAGAUCUUUCACAAGGUGUAUUUCCCUGAUGACACAGAUGAGGUUUUUGAAGUAGAAUCGAGCACAAAAGCCAAGGAGUUUUGUCUGAACAUUUCCAGCAAGAUGCUGCUAAAGUCAUCAGAGGGCUUCAGUCUGUUCGUCAAGAUUUCUGACAAGGUCAUCAGUGUGCCAGAUGGAGAUUUCUUUUUUGACUUUGUUCGACACCUCACUGACUGGAUCAAAAAAGCCAGACCUGUUAAAGAUGGUAUAGUGCCUUCCCUGUCGUAUCAGAUAUAUUUUAUGAAGAAACUCUGGACUAACACUGUUCCAGGCAAAGACUCAAAGGCUGACUCCAUCUUUCACUACUACCAGGAACUGCCUAAAUACCUACGUGGAUACCACAAGUGUUCUCAUGAAGAGGCCUUCCAGCUUGCAGCUCUGAUUUACAGGGUAAUGUUUGAAGAGGAUAAAUCAGAGUUUAUUCACUUCCAUAAGAUGAUGAAAGAGCUCAUCCCUCAGGAUCUGAUCAAUGAGCUUUCACCUGAUGACUGGAAACGGUCUAUUGUGAUGUGCUUUAACCAACAUGCUGGAAAACAUCAGGAAGAAGCCAAACUCAUGUUCCUGACAAUCAUCUUCAAGUGGCCCACUUUUGGAUCAGCCUUUUUCGAAGUCAAACAAACCACAGACCCGAAUCUACCGGAGUUACUACUGAUAGCAAUCAACCAGCAUGGUGUUAGUCUGCUUGAUACAGCAACAAAGGAUAUCAUAAUGACGCACCCCUUCACCAAAAUCUCUAACUGGAGCAGUGGGAACACCUACUUUCACAUCACCAUUGGUAACCUCAUGAGAGGCAGCAAACUGCUCUGUGAGACGCCACUGGGCUACAAAAUGGAUGACCUACUGACAUCUUACAUCAGUCAAAUGAUGAGCACCAUGACCAAACUGCGCAGCUCCUGUGGAAACAGCAACUAGCCAGCAUCAUGAACAAAGAACCAUAAUAAAAAUGCCUUUUGUGUUUAAAUCUCUUACACUCAAAAAUAUAUAUAUUUUUAUCCCUUAUGUUUUGUUGU